AUGAGGACAAAUCCAAAGAGUUGGUGUAGGGCAUUCCACAAGGUUGGUAAUUACUGCAAAGAUGUCGACAAUAACCCGACUGAGUCAUUUAACAGCUCCAUCAACAAGGCAAGAGAGAAGCCUUUUGUUGCCAUGUUAGAGGCAAUAAGACGACUGGCCAUGGUGCGAAUUGCAAAGAGGAUCUGUACUCCAUAUGUUGUUAUGUUUCUUGCGGAUGAGCACAAACUAGCAUCUAUGGCUAAGGUAUCAACAAGCACAAAUGGCACAUUUGAAGUCAAAGUCAGUGGAGACUCUCACCGUGUCUGUCUAAAGAAGAUGACUUGUACGUGUCAGAAGUGGCAAAUUUGUGGCAUCCCAUGUGAGCAUGCAUAUGGUCUCAUCAUUCAUAAGACGCUAAAGGCUGAAGACUACGUCUGCCAGUGGUUCCGAACAGCUAUAUGGAGGAGAAAUUAUGAAGAAGGCCUAAUUCCACAAAGGAGUGCAAAGUUUUGGCCUCACACAAAUGAGAAUAAAGUGUUUGCAGAACCACCUAAAGAAAACCAGACCAAGGCUGACAAGAAAAGGAAGAAGGGUGUGAAUGAGUCACCUACUAAGAAGCAACCAAAACAGAAGAAAAGAAUAAUGCAUUGUGGCAUUUGUGGGGAAGCUAACCAUAACUCUAAGUUCCAUAAGGCUGAAUUUGCCAAGCCUUCUCGACAGCCUUCUCAAGUUGAACCAAGUCAAGGUUCACUAACUCAAGAAUGA